CCGCUUGAGAAAUGACUGCAGUGAGAAAUAACGUGCAGUGAGAAAUAACUGAAGUUGUCACAUAUACCAAACUUUACUGAAAAGUGUGGUCUUCUAAAAGUACCGGUACUAGAGAAACUGCUGGAAAGCAGUAUAGUUUAUAUGUUGUAUUCCAAAGUUGGUCAAGUUAUUUCAAAAAGAGUGUGCAACUUUUCAGAAUGACCAUGGAGCCUUUGAUGAAUGUCUUUGAUCAAAUGGAACCCGAAGACUUCUAUCAUAGUGUACUGACAGAUGUCUUGGAUGAUCUCAUGGAUCAGAUCGGCGGCUCCACGUUAACCAAGAUUGAAACGGUUAAGAAGGCAUUGAGAAAGAUCUCCAAGGGGUACACAGUGGGGCUUUCAAACACCUCUAGCCAGUCUUGUUGCAACUGGAAUGUGCCAGCAAACCGCUGUGCCUACGUCUUCCUGUACUUGAUGCAACACUGCCAUCUCGUGUCCUUCUCGCUUCAGGAAACAUCAAAAUCCUUAAGGAGUUGGCGCAACAAGAAGGAAAUCUUGAAGGUUUGCAGCAUCGGUGGCGGGCCCGGGUCAGACCUGGUUGGCUUGACUACCUUCCUUCGUAAGAAAGAAAUCUUCCCAAGUAGUCUGGAAUGUCGGGUCUUGGAUCUGUACCCUAACUGGAAAGACACUUGGGACAAGAUAUACCAAUUGUGUAUUCCCGAGGAUUUUUCAGUGAAAUACGAAAAAUGCGACGUUGUCAGAGAUAAGGACCUAACUGUUUCCACUCGUCAAUUCAUCAAACAGGCUGACAUGCUAACCUUGUCGAAGUUCUUCUCCGCAGUGUCUGCUUUCUUCCGAAACGACCGAGGCAGUGGCGAUCUCCUUCGAUCGAUUCUCCGUGACAUAAAGCCGGGCUGCUUUGUGCUGUACAUUGACAAUCAACACGUUAGCGACACAAAGUUCGAGCAAGACUUUGCAUCUCAGGUUGAUGGACUGCAUAAGGUGCAUGAAUUCCGAGACACAGUCACCUUAUCUAUUGGACAAUAUUCCAGCACUUUGGCCAAAUACCGUGAUGAUCUAGAUUACAAUCCAUUGAAAAGCUGCGAUGUCUUGAUUCAGCUUUAUGAAAAGUCGGCGGUUUAGCCAGCUAGUCAACCAGGAACCAUUUCCCAGGACCGACCCACCCAAAUCCCAACGCAACAUUUCAGUUCAUCGGUUGACCGUAUUGAGUCUGGUUUACAUCACCGGGCAACUUCGACAAUCGUCCCAGCAGCUCAUCCCAGCCUAAGGUACAAAUUAUUUCCUGCAAAACGAAACUCGCAACUCCUUCUCCAUCACCAGACUUCUAUGCCAACAAAUUACGUGUGCCGACGUCUCCAGUCAUCCAUAGAAUCAAUGCUUUCCCUCAGUCAGCAGGCUAUUCUCACCCUUCAGUGCCUCAACAGACUGGCACGCACGUGAGGCAAGUACCAAUUUCAGCUUGGCAUGUGCUACAUGUUGAUUACACUUCAAGUUACACAACUAUGCAACGUGGGGAAACUCCACCCGCGAGACAAAGACCAUGCCUAUCUCCACCUUCUGGAAAUACAACCUAUGCAACAGGUUCGUCUUACCGAGCUCAUUAACCUG